AGAAAAAUAUUAAUAAUGUACAACAUAAUAAAAAAAUUAAAGUAAUCGAGAGUUGAGAUUCGACAGAACUUCAACAACCAGAAUUGUAUACUAUUGUUACUAACGUAAACAGAGAUGGAUUUCCUAACAGAUAAAUAAAACACAUGAAAAAAUAUCUAAAUAGUGUUUACACCUAACAGAUUACCUAUUUUAAAGUGUGUUCAUCGACACUGAGUGUAUACUACGUUGAUUUAUGUUGAAAAUAAAACAGCUAAUAUUGGAAAGUUUAUCCAAUCUUGGCGCAGCCAGCAGCAGUUACAGAUUCACAUCCAUUUGGACCAGUGACACAUUGUGCUAAAAAUAAAAUUUGGGUACUGGCCAGUUUCUUUGUCAUGAAUAGUUUACAAACAGAUAAUCAUUGUCAAAUUUUUGACCCAAAUGGACAAUUUCCCCUAGAAAUUGAGUCAUCACUACGAUUACCUUUAGACAGUUCAAUGAGAAUAAUUUUUACUGGUCAUUACAAUGGGUUUGGAGUUGAAGUAAGGGGUAUAGAGGAAAUGUCAAUGUUGUAUCAUAUGGGUUGUUUUGGUAAGGGAACUAAGUCUCGAUCAAAGCCAAAAUCAAUCAAAAAUGAUAGUAGCCCAUCUAUUAUUAGGAAGAGGCAAUAUUUAAAAAGAAUUUACUGGAAUAAAAAGUUUGAAUCUUUUAAUAAAUAUCCAGAAACUGAUAGUUAUUUUAAACAUAUUGAAGAUUUAAGAAAAAAGAUAAGAAAUGAUACUAAACAUCUCAAAAGGAAUGUUAUAGAUUUGGUGUCCAGUGAAGAUGAAGUUUGUGAAGAUAACCAAUAUGAUGAAUUACGCCCUCAAUGUGUUUUCAGCAACAAGCAUGAUAUUGUAGUUAUUGUUCCUAAUAGUGACUCUGAGGAUGAUGAUUAUUUUGCUAACAUGAAGCCUAAAUGCUGUAUUAACAAAAUUAAACUAGAGGAAAAGUUAGUACUUACUAAACAAGAAGCUUUCUUUCUUGUGUAUGGCUUAGGAUGCUUACAAGUAUUCAAUGCAAAUAAAUUACUAACUGUCAAAGAAUGCUGGAAUCUCUUCAUUGAGGGUGAUAUUAACUUUAUUUCCAAGUACAUUGUGUAUCAUUAUUAUAGAGCCAAAGGUUAUAUUGUCAAGCCAGGCUUAAAAUUUGGAGGGGAUUUUUUAAUCUAUAAAGAGGGUCCAGGAAUCAAUCACUCAGAUUAUAUUGUAGUUAUAAAACACAACAAUGUGGAUUACAAUAGCUGGCUUACUAUUUUAGGUCAUGUUAGAAUGUCUGCUACUACUGUCAAGGAAAUUCUGAUAAUAGAAGUGAUUGAACCAAAAACAGAGAAUCUUAACCUACCUAAAGAGUUAAAUGCAUAUAGUGUCAAGGAAUUACUUCUAUCACGAAAUAUUCCCGUAACAAUAAAUGAUGACAUAGACUAAUAAA